CCGCGCUCGGCCUGCCUGGGAGUCGCCGAGGCUGCCGCGGUCUGGAGCGCGCUAGGGUUGAGGAGCUCCGAGAGGUCGCUGGCGCCUGCGUCCGCCUGGCGAGCAGGACAGGCUUCUUUGGCUUCGCGAGGCCCUAGACGGGACAUCUGUCCCCUCCAGGAUGAAGGUCUUCUUGCCGGUGCUGCUGGCUGCCCUCCUGGGUGUGGAGAGAGCCCACUCGCUGGUGUGCUUCUCCUGCACGAAUCAGAACAGCAAUUUUUACUGCCUGAAGCCAACCAUCUGCUCUGAAUCGGACAACUACUGUGUGACUAUAUCUGCUGCUGCUGGCGUUGGAAAGGUUGUGGACUUCGGCCACAGCCUGAACAAGGGCUGCUCCCCAAUCUGCCCCGGCCCAAGCGUCAAUCUCGGUGUGGCGUCCGUGGGUACCCACUGCUGCCAGAGCUUCCUGUGCAAUUUCAGCGCAGCUGACGGCGGGCUGCGGGCCAGCGCCACCCUGCUGGGCCUCGGGCUGCUGCUCAGCCUGCUGCCAGCUCUGCUACGUCUUGGCCCCUGACCUCUCUGACCCUGCACCUGCCCACUGCCCCUCAGCUCAGGAAGGAAACCCCAUCCCCUCCCAGAUCCCAAGAGGAUAUCAGAGCCUCCUCACGUGCCUGACCAACCCCCUCGGCCCCAGGUCCCUAGGGUCAGGCUCACCCUCUGCACCUACACGGGCUCCAGCCCCUGCCCCAAGUGGGACCAGCUACCCUCACUUCUGGGGUCAAUUAUGGACCUUCCUUGGGGGACGAGGGAAGGGAUGAGGGGCUCCCUGAAGACUUAGAGUCUGGAGUCAGGACUGAGUCCCGUAGACACACAGUGGGGACACCUAAGCCCAGGCCCUGGUGUUCUGGGAUUGUGUGCUUGUGAGUGUGGGUGGUGUGGUUGCUGCAUGGUGGGUGGGUUUGCUGUGCAGGUGCGAGUGUGAGGCCAGUGCUGUGUUUGGGGGAGGGAGGAGUGAGAGCAGCCUGAAGAACCCUGAGCCCCACCAGAGCCCCUUUUCCUGGCAUUGCUGCACCCGCACUGCACUCCAAGGACAGUCUCUGGAGGCCAGGGUUUCUACAGCUUCCAGCCCCAAGCCCCCAUCCCCAAGUCCAGCCAGUCCCUGUCCCUGCCCCCUCUCACCCCCACACUGGAGCCCUCCUGCUGCUUUGGUGCCUCAAAUAAACACAGAUGUUCCCACCC